CCCUUCCGCGCCCUCCACAGGCCCAACAAGGGCGGCGAGGAUGACGGCGGGGGAGGAGGAGGAGGCGGCAGCGGCCCGGCCCGGGGUAAGAUUGCGCCAGGCGGCGGCGGCGGCGGCAGCCCCGCUCUCGUCCCCUGCCGCGCCCGAGAAGCUGCAUGAUGCUGGUUGAAAGUCUGACCCGCCAAGCUGGCAGAUUGAAGCAGCUGGUCCUGUGUGAUACUCGUAGGCACUUCUGGGGAUGGCUGAAUGCAGUUUUUAACAAGGUAGAUCAUGAACGGAUCCAAGAUGUUGGCCCAGACAGAGCGGCCUCAGAAUGGCUUCUCCGGUGUGGGGCGACGGUGCGUUACCAGGGCUAUGACAAAUGGCAGCAGGAUUACAAUGGGCUACCUUCAGGGCCACUAGGGAAAUACAAGAUACAAGCCAUUAAUGCCACAGAAUCGUGCAUCAUGUACAAAGGAUUUGAUUAUUUUGAUGGCCUACAACACGUGGAGGAAAUCAAGUUUUCCAAGUGCAUGUAUCUCCAGGACGAGUGCUUGCAACGGCUCAGUGAGACUCAAAACCUGCAGCAAAGUCUGCUGCGCUUGUGGAUAAUUUCUUGUGGGAACAUCACAGACAAAGGCAUCAUUGCAUUGCAUAAGCUCAGUAAUCUGGAAUAUUUGUUCCUGAGCGACCUACCUGGGAUUCAAGAGAAGGAAUCCACUGCACAGAUCCUUAAGAAAUCAAUGCCCUCCCUGGAGCUGGAAUUAGACUUGGCAUAAAGGCAUCACCACGUUAUUUGGCUUUAUUGUAUUUAUGUGUAUGAAUAUGAAGAACUGCUUUAUGGUUGGUCGUCAUGACCCAUUGAAAUUAAAGGGGCUUAAGUUAGUCAUGA